AGGAGGAGUCUGCAAGGCCGGGCUGGAAGUCACUGGCUCUGUAGUCCCCACUGAUAUCCAAGAUGGCGCUGGCUGCUGCGCGUCGCCUUCUGCUGCACGCGGGAUCCCGCCUCGGGCGCAGGGAAGCGGUGGACGGCGCGCGGCGCUUCGCUAACAAGCGGGUGCUGGUGGAGACGGAGGGCCCGGCAGGGGUUGCAGUGAUGAAGUUAAGGAACCCUCCCGUGAAUUCCCUCAGCUUGGAAUGUCUCACAGAGUUCACCAUCAGCCUGGAGAAGCUGGAAAAUGACAAGAGCAUCCGAGGCGUCAUCCUCACGUCGGAAUGCCCGGGUAUCUUCUCAGCUGGGCUGGACUUGCUGGAGAUGUAUGGCCGGAACACAGCCCACUAUGCUGAGUACUGGAAGGCCGUGCAGGAGCUGUGGCUGAGACUCUACACAUCCAACAUGAUCUUAGUAUNCUCUCUGCAGGGAGCCUCUCCAGCUGGAGGGUGCCUCUUGGCUCUCUGCUGUGACUACAGGGUUAUGGCUGACAACCCCAAAUAUACUAUAGGAUUGAAUGAGAGCCUGCUGGGCAUUGUUGCCCCCUUCUGGUUUAAAGACAUGUAUGUGAACACCAUCGGGCACCGGGAGGCAGAGCGUGCCCUUCAGCUGGGGACCCUUUUCCCACCAGCAGAGGCCCUCAAGGUGGGAGUGGUGGAUGAGGUGGUACCUGAGGAUCAGGUACACAGCAAGGCUCGCUCAGUGAUGGCCAGGUGGUUAGCUAUUCCAGACCAUUCUCGGCAGCUGACAAAGAACAUGAUGCGAAAGGCCACCGCAGACAACCUCAUCAAGCAGCGAGAGGCUGACAUCCAGAAUUUCACCAGUUUCAUCUCCAAAGACUCCAUCCAGAAGUCCCUGCACAUGUACUUGGAAAAGCUCAAGCAAAAGAAGGGCUAACCUAGGUGGAUUUCUGAGUUCGAGGCCAGCCUGGUCUACAGAGUGAGUUCCAGGACAGCCAGGGCUACACAGAGAAAC